AUGGCUAUCAUCAACAAAUCUAAGAACAACAGUGUUGGUUUCUUAUCCGUGACAUGGGAGGCUGCACAGGUGGAUGGCAGAGUUCGUUCUUUUUUCAGCUCUGAAGGUGUAAGGUAUUUCACCCUAGACAGGUCAGCAAAAUCAAGAGGGACCCCUCCACCUCAGGCUGGGCGGGCACAGUGCUGGAUUUUCCCCUUGUGCAUUGAGACUGUUUCUUCAUCUCCUCCACCAGACAGGGAGUCCCGUGAUGCGGGGACCUUAUCACGCUCACAGCUGUAUCUCCAGAGCCUAGCACUUUGCUUGGCAUACAGUAGGAGCUCAAUAAAUACUUCCCAAGUGACUGAGUGCAUUGUGUCAGCAUCAGGAAGCCACCGGGCCCUGAGGGAGCCGGGGAGAUGGGAAGAAAGCUUUAGAACUCUUGCCCUGCCUUACAUUAGCAGGAGCUCUUCUAAGUCCUGA